AUGGAAGGGCAGAGGCAUCUCGAGGAUACCAUUCAGGCCGCUUUCCAGAUACUCUCUUCCAUGAACGACGAGCUCUGCAAUCCGGCUUUGUGGUCGGCCCCCGCUACCGCGACUUCAGCGGCGAGUAACGGCCCUUCCUCUCACUCGCAAACGGGCGGCGGUCUUCUCAACGGCGAUUCCGCCUCCGAGACUUCGCUUCACCUCGAUGGAGGCGGAAUCGGUCCCGGUGGAGGCAGCGGGAGUACGUAUAAUGGCGCAUUGGAUGAAGCUCGGUUUCGGUACAAGAGUUCCGUCGCGGCUCUCCGCGAAGUCCUCGCUGCAAUUCCCAAUUCUCACAAGGCAAAACCAUUCGAAACAGGUUCUCCUGCUAGUGGUUCCUUAUCGCCAGAAGCUGACAUUGACAAGCUAGAAGAGCGAGCCUCGAAUCUUAGAAAGGAACUUGCAGAAAAGAACAUACAUGUCAAGCGUCUGAUAGACCAGUUAAGGGAACUUGUUACCGACAUAUCUACAUGGCAGAGUCCUUAUGCUGACUGAAGCUCUUGUGGAGUUGUCGAUUGUCCUUAGUAGUAGUAAAUGCAUUAGAACAACAACAUCACAACUCUCAGGAUUCUGCGUAUCAAGCUUGUUCGUUAGGCUUAGGUCUUGAUGUUGGUUUCUUCAUAGAGUUCUGUCGAAUUUUAUCUUAGCAUGUCUGCUAGGAUGAUGAUGGGGUUCAACUGUUCAACUGUUCAAGCUCACAGCUUCUGGUUUGAGAUUAUGUCGUUCCAAGUGUACCUCUAAUUUAGGCGAUGCUAGCAUAAGGUAGUAAUCUGCAUUAUUGAUUUUUCCUAACUGAAUUCCUCCCAUGGUUGAAGUGGAAUGCACCAGGUUUAACUUUUUCAGUAAAGAAGUUGAACUGCGAGGCUGUGUUAUUGAAUUAUUGGAGCAUGGAGGUGCCAGUUAGUAAAACAUGAGAAGUGCAUAUGGAAAUUGAGUCUUGGACUCUUGGUAGAUCUAAAACACGAAAGUAUGGGGGCCUUGAACAGAUGCCAGAUCUCACAGACCAACAUUUCUGGCCCACAUUGAUCCAAAGGGCCCCGGCCCCAUGAUUUGAUUUCCAACGCUCGGCUACUACACUAGUCUCUAAGAAAUGUACCACUCUACUAUCUCUAUUAUAUUGUAGCAAACACUAGCUUUGUACAUGAUGCAUUGGUCGUGUAAUGUUUGCAUAUGAAAUGGUUGGUCCGCUAUAACUACAACCUAAUCAAAG